GGGCUGGACAUAUAAAUACAGGAGCAGUGGAGGAAGCAGCAGCAGAAGAAGCCCUCUUACUCUUGAGCAAAUAGAUCUCUACAAGCUACUAAAUGGAUAACACGUGUCACUGUUCAGUCAGCAGCGAAAGACUUUCCAAUCCCAUCCUCUUCAACAUCCUGAGCCAAAUGGAUAAUAGCAAAUCAAGUCAAAACAGCUUCAACUACACUUCAAUACCUCAUAGAUGCAACUGUGAGCAGCGACGGACAGUGUGCUUAAAACGGCCGUCUGAGAUCUGCAAAGAAGCCUCAGCAGUUCUGGUUAAAACGGUCCACUUCAUGAAGAACUUACCUGCUUUUAACCAGAUGCCUCCAAACGACCAGUUUGCUCUUCUCAAAAACUGCUGGGCACCACUCUUCAUCCUGGGCUUGGCUCAGGAGCAUGUGGACUUUGAGGUGAUGGACACUCCUGCAGACAGCAUGCUGAAGAAGAUCCUCCUUAACAGACAGGAGAGCCCUGAGAUGGAGAGGGAGCAGCCCACCAUGGCUGGAGUCAGCAAGCUUAAAUCCUGCCUAAAAAAGUUCUGGAGUUUGGAUUUGAGUCCGAAGGAGUAUGCAUACCUCAAAGGAACAACAAUAUUUAAUCCAGGUGUGUAUUCGUAGAGAAUCUACUGUGAAAUAUUUAAAACUCUGUGGAAAAAACACAAAAAACAACAUUAUAUGAAUAUAUAUAUAAGUCUAUAUGUCUUGCUUUUGUGUUUAACAGAUGUCCCAGAUUUGAAGGCAGCUCUGUUUGUGGAAGGCCUGCAGCAGGAGGCCCAGCAUGCUCUCAGUGAAGUGGUCAGGCUCCUUCACCCCGGGGGAAGGGAGCGCUUUGCUCGGAUCCUCCUCACAGCCUCUAUGCUGCAGAGUAUCACGCCGGGCCUCAUCUCUGAACUCUUCUUUAGGCCUGUGAUUGGCCAGGCUGACCUGCUGGAGCUGCUCAUCGACAUGCUCUUCUGCAGGUAGAAGAGGCCUGCACAUAACCGCCAUGACAGAGUUGAAUCUUCUUCAUUCAGUAGUGGUUUUGAUAACUAACUGAAUGAGGAGUGAAGGACGGUGGACGUCUAAAAACAAUAGCUUACAAAAUACAUAUGAGUAGGUGAGACUGUGAACUACUUACAUUACAUUAAAGCAGAGGUCACUUUAGCCCAGACUGAGAAGAUUGUAUCCUGUUGAGGGGAACAUUUUGACUUGUCAUAAUCUGUGCCCACUGUUAUGUUGUAUCCCAUGUUAAGGAUUUUUUGUGAUGUAAAUACGUUUCUGCAAGUCUGCAUUUUUUAAUAAAUAUAUUUUUGUACAUGAA